AAACUUCUCAAAUAUUCCCACAACGAAGAAGAUCGCACUGAACUGCAGAACUCGAAGUUGUACUUGACGACAGUUGGGAAUCAACUCGAGCAGACGAUUGAUCACAAUGAUUUGACGAUGAUCAAGAAUAGAUCGGAGCUUUUCAAUAGAUACGACUCAAGGAUUUCACAGCUUAGUCGAUUGCAAGAAAUUCAGAGGAGUAUAGAAGGAUUUGAAGGAAAUCCUAUUGGAAAGACAUGCUCCGAGCUAAUAAAACAAGGAGAUCUGCAAAUGGUUCGACCUUCACUAACAUUUUCCCCGGAGAUAAUCAGAAAAGGGCGAUGGAAGACUGAAAGGCACAUAUUUUUGUUUGAUCAUUUGCUGGUUCUGUGUAAAAAGCAUAAGACGUAUAAGUUCAAAGAAAGGAUAACUGUCAAUCUCAUGGAUAUCGUCGACAUCGAGGAUAGCGAUGGUGAGUGGUUGUUGUUUUAG